AUGGCUACCGUCAACGUUCGUCGCGAUGUCACCGACGCCUUCUACCGUUACAAGAUGGAGAAGCUCCAGACCAAGAUCGAAGGCAAAGGCAACGGCAUCAAGACCGUCGUCGUCAACCUUAGCAGCGUCGCUCAGUCUCUGGCCCGCCCUCCCAACUAUGUCAUCAAGUACUUCGGAUUUGAGCUUGGUGCCCAGACCAACAUGGACCCCGCCGAUGACCGUUGGAUCAUCAACGGUGCCCAUGAUGCACCCAAGCUUCAAGACUACCUCGACGGCUUCAUCAACAAGUUUGUUCUCUGCCGCAAGUGCAAGAACCCCGAGACCGACGUCAACAUCAAAGACGGCACCAUUAUUCUCGACUGCAAGGCCUGUGGCCAGCGCACUGAUGUCGACCUUCGCCACAAGCUGAGCGGCUUCAUCAUCAAGAACCAGCCCUCCAAGAAAGGUGGCAAGAAGGACAAGGCCGAGCGCAAGGCUGCUCGCAAGGCGAAGCAGCAGGCCCUCCAGAACGGCGGCAAGGAGAAUGAGGAUGCUGGUAGCGACGACGAGUUCACUCGCAAGAUCAAUGCUGCGGCCCAGGAGAUUGAUGGCCCCACCGAGGUUAAGGAUGACGAGUGGGCGGUUGACAUGUCCGAGGAGGCCGUCAAGGCACGUCAGAGCCAGCUCCCUGGCGAGUUCCGCAAGAAGCUGGUUCUCGGCAGCGCCGGUGCUGAGGAUGAGGAUGAGGACGGCGAGGGAGGUGGCAACACUGUCUACGACACCCUUGGUGACUGGAUCAUUGAGGAAGCCAAGACCAAGGGGGGUGUCGACAAUGUUGACGAUGUCGACGUCUACGUCAAGGCAAAGGAACUGGGCAUUGAGGGCAAGCACCGCACGCUCUUGGUUCUCGUCCAGACUUUGUUUGAUCAGAACGUUGUUGCUCAGCUUCCCAAGCGUGCUGGCCUUCUCAAGCAGGUCAUCUCUUCGGAGCGUCACCAGAAGGCCCUCCUUGGCGGUAUUGAGCGUCUGCUCGCCCACUUGGGCAAGGACGAGCCAGAGUUCCUUACUAGCGACAAGGUCGUCAAGAUCCUUCACCAGGUCUAUGACAAGGAUCUUGCAGAGGAGGAGAUCAUCACCAAGUGGGGCACCAAGGGCAGUAAGAAGUACACUGACCCCGCGACCAACAAGAAGAUCCGCACCGCCGCCAAGCCCUUCAUCACCUGGCUUGAGGAGGCCGAGGAGGACGAUUCGGAUGACGAGUAG